CAAGGCUAACACAAUGGACUAUGACGAGAGGGAAAAGAAUAUUAAGUAAAUGCAGUGUAUUAACUCUAUUUUAGCUCUAGAAAAUUUAGAUUUUUAAAACUCUAGGUAAUUAUAUUUGUUGGUAAAAAUUCAAGUGUGAUAAUACGUUUUACAAAUAUACCGCAAGUGCAUCUAAAUAAGAAAAUCCAAUUUUUUUCGUCUUUUUAAUACUUUUCAUUAAAUCAAGGAUCUAUUAUGGCAUUAGAAAUAUCAACUGCAGAUAGUCAAGAUUAUAAAUUUAAUCCUAUCAAUUUUGGAACUAUACAUUUUAGUGUAAAAGCUUCAAAUGACGCCCAUAUUGCAUUAACAUCAACUAACUCAAAUAAGCCACCUAAAUAUGAGAUAUUUAUUGGUGGAUGGGGUAAUACAAAGUCUUCUAUUCGUAAAAAUAAUGAAGAACCUGAUAAAGUUCUUGUUGAUACACCAAAAAUCUUGAAUGGGAAUGAAGCCAGAGGUUUUUGGAUAAAAUGGGGUGGUGGCUUUAUAGGUGUUGGAAAGCAAGGAGAAGCUCAACCAUUUAUGGCUUGGCAAGAUGAUGAAUCUCUAAAUAUUGCAUUCUUUGGAGUUCGUACAGGUUGGGGAGCAUCUGGUGUUUGGACAAUUGAAGAUAAUAUUUAUAUUAAUACUGAGAAUAGCAUGGAAUAUAUAUUUAGAUAUAUCAUGCAUGGAUCUAUUAGUUUCUCAGUAUCUUGUGAAAAUGAUGCUCAUAUUGCUUUGACUACAAAAGCUAAAGAGUCUGAACCUAUGGUGGAAAUUUUACUGGGUGGAUGGAAAAAUACUGCUUCUGCUAUUCGUUACAACAAACAAAAGCCAGAUAAGGUGCAUAUUGAUACUUCACAACUUUUGUCUAAAAAUACACCUAAGAAAUUUGUUAUUUUUUGGAGAGAUGGCCUAAUUGAAGUAUUUCAUGACAAAUAUAAAUUAUUUGAAUGGAUGAAUCCAAAACCAUUUAUUGUAUCUCAUUAUGGUGUGCGUACUAGUUGGGGGGCUUUAGGAGAAUGGCAUAUUAACGGAUCAGCAGAUGAACAGUUUAGAAGUGAAAUUGAGAUCCCUAAAUCAGAUAAUAUAAAAGCAAAAGCUCCUCCAGUACUUACUCCUGGGUGGAAUAUUGGAGGAGAUAUUCUUGGACCAGUUCAAUGGGUGAGAGCUAGUAAUGGUCAGAUACCACCAAAUGCUUUACAAGGGGGUUUUGAUACAAAUAAUGAACAGCUUUAUGUAGCUAGAGCUGAACAUAAUGGUGCUUUGAUUCCUGGAAAACUUGUUCCUUCACAUGGUGUUACUUAUGUGGCUUGGGGAGGAAUAGAAAAUCCUAAAGAAAAUUAUGAAGUUUUAUGUAAUUGUAAUGCUACGUGGAUCAAAGCUAACAAUGGUGAGAUACCUGUUGGAGCUUUGUCUUCUGGACACACAGAAGAGGGCGAACCAUUAUUUGUUGGCCGUGGAAAACAUAAUGGAUGUGUAACUGUUGGAAAGGUUACUUCGAACAAUAAUGAAAAUAAUGAUAAAGAUUUAAAUGUAUUAAUAUUAGAUUUACUAAAAAAUUACAUUGAAAAGCCAUCUGAUGAUCAUGAUGUUUUUGGAGCUUAUGUAUCAAUGGAAAUGAGAAAUUUAAAGACUCCCAAUGCCCAAAAAAAAUUGAGAACAGAAAUAAGAAAUGCUAUAUCUCGAGUUGUUAAAGAAGAAACUUUAAUGAAUAUUACAGAUUCAAGCGAUGAUAAAGAAUAUAUUUUUUUAAACAGUUUACAUACCUCUAACACACUUAGUAGAACUUCUAGCUUAGAAAUAAUUGAACCUGAUUGUAAAAUAUGAUACUGUUUUUGUAUUUAUCAAAAUAUGAGAUUUUAUUAAGAAUAUAAUUAAAAUAAAUUACACUUAGUUUUAUUUUAUAUAAAUAUUUGUAAAAGAGAUUAUUACAC